CGGCCGUUAGCAGCCGUUAACGGCGGCGGGCGGGCGAUGGUGGCGGGUGGUGCCGUGCGGCUGUUGCCGCUUCCGCGCCCCCUCCUCGGGCGGGCAGCCGGGGCGAGGGGGACCCUGUCCGGUUGGGCGGCCGCGGGGCGCGGCGGGCUGCGUGCCGGGCGCUGGGUCGCGGUGGCCUUGGCGGUGCCCGCUGGGACUGGUUGGAAGGAGAGGCCGGGACAACGGGGGCCGGUGUGGGUGGGGGAACGCGGGCCGGAGCGGCCGCCCCGGAGGUUGCUGCGGCGCUUGGGUUUGGUGCUCCGGUUGGGUUUGCGGGCCUGCGGGUUGCUGCUGCGCUUCGGCCCCCUGCUGCUGCUCUACCCGUUGAGCCGGCUGUGGCCCGGCCUGGGCGCCCUGUGGCUGCGGCUGCUGCGGAGGGCGGCCGAGGCCGCCGGCCCCACCUGUGUCAAGCUGGGCCAGUGGGCCAGCACCCGGAGGGACCUCUUCUCCGAGGCCUUCUGCGAUGAGUUUUCCAAGCUGCACGUCGAGGUGAGCCCACACCCGUGGGGCCACACCGAUGAGCUCCUGAGGAAGGCCUUCGGUGAGGACUGGACGGGCAUCCUCAAGUUCCAGAGCCGGGAGCCGGUCGGCUCGGGCUGUGUUGCCCAGGUGUAUAAAGCCUAUGCUGACCUCACGGCUAUCGCCGGCUCCCAGGCCAAGGAGCUAGCGCGACACUCGGAGUUAAGGUCCGCUUUUGAAGCGUGGGAAGUGUCGGGCUUUAGAGGCCUCCUCAGGUGGCUGGGGAGGAGGAAGAGUGAGGAGAUGCGGGAUGAGAGGAGCAGGGAGGAGCUGAGCCCAGCAGACUGCUCCCGGAGGAGUCCUUUGAGUGGGAUGUCCCUUAUGGAGCAGAUGGCCAAACCGCUCCUGACUGCAAAUCCUUCAUCAGCCAGACAUCUCACGCCUGUAGCCAUUAAAGUCCUGCACCCUGGACUGGUCCACCAAGUCCAGAUGGAUCUCUUUCUCAUGAAGAUGGGUAGCUACAUCAUUGGACUUCUCCCUGGAUUCAAGUGGCUCAGUUUGACAGAGAUCGUGGAGGAGUUUGAGAAGCUUAUGGUUCAACAGAUUGACUUACGCUACGAAGCCAGAAAUCUGGAGCGCUUCCGACAAAAUUUCCUAGAUGUUGAUUUUGUGAAGUUUCCAACUCCCCUUUGGCCUUUGGUAACGACAGAUGUUCUAGUGGAAACAUUUGAGGAGAGUGAGCCUAUUUCGCACUACCUGCAUGCGGAGAUUGCUACAGAGCUGAGGCAGAGACUUGCAAAGAUGGGCAUGGACAUGCUCCUAAAGAUGGUCUUUGUUGACAACUUUGUCCAUGCUGACCUGCACCCUGGGAACAUCCUGGUUCAAGGCCUGGCCCAUGUCGGCACCAGCUGCAAGGAGCAGACAGCCAUCGUCGACCUGUGUGACACGCUCGUGGUGGAAGUGCAGCCGCCCCUCAGGCAGCUCUGCCUGGUGCUGCUGGAUGCAGGGAUUGUGGCAGAGCUGCAGAGCACCGACAUGCAGAACUUCCGUGCGGUUUUCACGGCUGUGGUCCAGGGCCAGGGGGAGAGAGUGGCAGAACUGAUCCUUCAUCAUGCCCGCGCUAACCAGUGCCAGGAUAUUGAGCGAUUCAAAGCUGAGAUGGCGGAACUAGUGACCAAGGUCCGGAGGAACACCAUUGCCCUAGGAAAGCUUCAGGUGGCCAAUCUCCUCUCGAAUGUCUUUAAACUAUUGAUGACCCAUAAGGUGAAGCUCGAGAGCAAUUUUGCUUCCAUCAUCUUUGCCAUCAUGGUUCUGGAAGGUCUUGGUCGUUCACUGGACCCUGAACUGGACAUCCUAGAGGCAGCUAAACCACUGCUCAUCAAAACUGCAGCUUCUGUCCUUGAAUAGACUCUUGUGGCUGCUGCCCUCCCACUGUGCAGGGUUACCUGUGCCACCUGUGAGCUGACAGAGAAAGAAGCUGAAGGUGAGAAGUCACAUGUAUCUCGGGGAAAUGCCAUGCACUGGUUACUCUCCAUUAAUGUUUCCUUCAGUUGUUUCAGCCAAGCACCAGGCAUGGGAUGAUUAGAAGGUCUCUUCCAGAGACCAGGAAGACUUUGUGCAGUUGGGGAGUUCUGACUCAUUACACAGUUCUAUGAGCUAAUGUGCUCUGGUAGUUUUUAAACUGACAUUACCAUGUAGUUUAGGUGUACAAGAUCACUGCAGCCUGAUGAGAAAAGCAGUCUUACUUGUCUAAAAGUCUUUAAAAAGAUGUUCAUUGAUCAAGUCUGUUUUGAAAUAUAUCAGGUUAAAUAUUUAAAGUUAAUUUAUGACUUACCUGUCACAGUGGUAUGAGAAAUGGUGUUCUAACACCACCUAAGCAGUUAAUUCAGGCUGAAAAAAGCCAAUAAACCUUUUUUGUCUUUUGUACUUCUAACAUCUACAUUUAUUGUAGAAGUGUUCUGAGAUCCUGCAUGGAGUGGUCUGUUCUUAGUCAUUUUGGAUGAUAAAAACAGACGAGUCAAUCUCAUUUUUCAAACUUCCAUACUCUAGCACAAUACUGUAGCAGUUUGGAUUAUAAACAGCAAAAGAAAAUAUUUGUCUAGGCAGAAAAGCUAAUUCCAUAAUAAAAACAACUUUUGGGAAUAUUUAUGCUGGUCUUCCAUUUUUAAGGUUCAAAAAAACCUGUCUUUUUUUUUUUUUCCUCUGUGCGCUUCCUUCCUACCACCCUGCUCCCCUAGUCUUACCCUAGUCAACUCCAAACCUUAAUUAAUAUCCAAAUGCUUGGGUUUUGUUUCCAGUGGUUUGCAAAACAAGAAGACCAAGCAUUUUCCUAAUGGAUGGAAAACACAUUGUGAAUGUUUAAAAUUAAAUAAAGCCAGCAAAAGAUCUA